ACCAGCCGCCAUUUGAGGAAACGGAGAAACAGGAGUCGGAUCGCAGAGACUGCGCAGCAGAUUCUCCUCUCUUGUUCUGUUCUUCAGUCUCAGGGGUACCUACCAGGAUGGUGUUACUCUGUAAAACGGAGCUCGUCUGUCUAGGGGUGGCGAUGAUUUGUGUGCUGUGUAACAGUCAUGAGUUAGAUCUGGAGACAAAACAGGAGUCAUCCGGGACGACGAAAACAGGACCACUGGCCGCCAGUCAUCUUUUGACAUUCGAGGUAUCGCCACUCGAAAGACUAGAAUCUUUGAUGCGCCGUGGCGGCAGGCACAAAAGGAGCACGCUGAUUGAAUUUACCGUGCCUCUGCAUAUAAGGAUUACAGGAAGAGGGACUAUCACCGUUGACAUUAAUGCAAUCAAUCUAGACGACGGGAGCUUGUUGGAAUUCCGAAUCGACACAAUAUCAAACACUACCCUAGGAACCGCCACCCUUAUCCCCAAAGACUGUGACUCCAGUGCCAACUCCGGCUGCGUACAACUCAGAUAUAUAACUCCAAGCGACGUGCGCAUAAUAGGCACAAACCUCAUCUAUAUCACUGUGGAGGACAAGGAUAAAAAGUCGAACUACGUUACAGACAUCUUCAUGGUGGAGCUAAUAAACCCGGGGGAGACUUUGGGAUCCGAAUACGUCGGAAGUGCCCCGUACAACCCUGCUGAUGAGGGUCAGAACUGGCAGAUCGCAGCAGCGCUGUUAGCGGCCAGCGUGUUCAUCAUGAUCUGCGCCAUCAUCAACAUCUGGUGCUGCAUGGACUUCGACCAGAAACCAGAGGAAGAGCCCCAGCAGGAGAUGAAGGAGACCCCGCGGCGGAUGACGUCCUCCUACAACCCGCACUUCCGGCAGCGGUACGACAGCAUCUGGCGGCGGGAGGCGGUGAGGGACGGCCGGGCGGACGGAAGCCUCACCCCCAUGCCGUACUACGGGGAGCGCAGGAACUCCACUCGCCUCACGGCCUUCGUAGAUCCAGAGACGGAGAGGCGGACCCCGGCGCCGUCGGUGGUGCAAGGUUCCUUCUACAGCCCGAGCAAGCGCGGCUCCACGGCCGGGGGACAGUCCCUGUACGACCGCAGAACAUCCACCGCCAUACCGGCCCCGCAGGUCAUGACCAUCAACUACGAUCCCAUCCCAGAGGACGAUUCGUACCCCCCAGGUUACACCCCACCCCCGGUGACCUCUCGCUCCGUCCGGACGAGCUGGACAGGACAACCGAGCGAUGGUGGUGCUGUUCAGUCCCCCGCGGGCAGACCAAGGUCCAACAGCCUCUCACCCAACGGGAGAAGACACAGGCGGGUCAGCGCCCUCUCGGCCGACAUCGAAGCCUUCAAGAAAGUUCCCUGGGAUCAAAUUUCAACCGGCAGGUCGUCUCUAACCAGCGGCUAUGUCUGACGUAACCAACGUCGUGUAUAGUGUACAUUGUGAACUAUUCAAAUUCCUAUUACUGCUUAGAAUCUAAAUCUUUCAGCAAACUUUAAAGAACGCGUGAAGGUGUCGUUUCUUCUCUCGACUGAAAAAAAGUUUCUUCCCUCGACUGAAAAGAAUGGAACCUUUAAGCAUAAUUUACGGUAUGCGUAAAGACAGGAUUUUGUGCAGUACGUCCAGAUUAUUUUUGGUAAAUAUGGUGAUACCCUUCUCUGUUUCUAAAGCCCUUUGCCCACACAAGUGUGCGAGCACUACGGCAAAGGGCUACAUUUCACUGAUAGCAUGUAUAUAUUGCGGAUAAACAAUCUGUAAAAAUCAAUCUGUGAAAAUUAAGAUCAAAGAGACUUUACUUAAGGUUAAGGACGACGAUGCUGCAUCUCUGUGCAGUUUAAAGUUUUGUACUGUUUGCUUAAGGAUAUGUGAGUAAGUUAUAGGUAAAGGCUUUACGGUUUUGUUUUCCCAUUUUCUCGACGAUAAGCCAUUCCACAAGAGUGUUUGUAACUAUGUAACAUGUAAUCCAUAGUGGCGCCAUUCUGAAUGCCAACUUUGGUGUAUGCUUAUGCUGAUAGACGUUUGUGCCCGAUGUACAUACAAUAACGUCUUAAAAUGUCUGGCCAUAAUAUGUCCAUUGCUACUGUGUAUAUACGGUUUUCACGAAAAAAAAUGAGUUUCUGUUAUGAGAUGUGACAAUACUCUUUAAUCAUGCCCUUAAAUAUGAUAAUAUGCCCAGAACCAGAAUUCCGAUUCCCGUGUUAACUAUACGAAACAAAAUCUCUCAGCUUAGCGUU